AUGGCGUCAACAGAGACAGUGGACUUGAUCACCUCCAAUGUGAAGGCGGAGUUGGAUGGUGGCACUGCAAACUUCAUCUUCCAUGGCCUGCUCUCAGAACCGCUUCCCGAUGGCACUCGGGAAGUUGCCAUCAAGCAUGGUGAAGGUUAUGUAGCCUCGCACCCGGACUUUAAGAUCCCGACUUCUCGCUGUCAAUUCGAGGAGGAAAGUUUGACAGCAUUGGCAGGCUUACCUCCCGCUUCCAACCCAUCUUGCAUCGUCCGGACACCUCGAAUGUUCCAUUUCAACCCGGAGACCAACACUCAGAUCCAGGAGUAUCUUCCCAGCUCAGUGGACCUCAAAACCUAUGCCCUCUCCCAUCUCACCUCGAAUGACGAGGGACUCAAAGUGCACUUCUAUGGGAUAGGGGAGGGCCUGGGGCUAUGGCUACGAAGUUUCCAUGAUUGGGGGAAUGACCAGGCUCAGUCCAAGCUGCAAGCCCAAAUCAAGCUGAACACGCCAAUGCAGGCUCUGAAGAACAGCAUCAACUAUGCAGGCCUUGUGUCCACGAUCGACAAGUUCCCAACGAUCCUGGAAGACGUCAGAGACGUAUUCGAGGAGGUCAAAAAGGCCUCCGAGGCUGAAUUAGCUGACGAGAGCAAGCUUCAAAUCAUCCAUGGAGACUUUUGGACUGGAAACGCUUUACUGCCGGACUUAGCGUUGCGGGAGGACUCGCAGCCGACCAUCUUCAUUAUCGACUGGGAGCUAGUCCAAUUCGGAGUGAGGCCGUUGGAUCUGGGCCAGAUGGUAGCGGAGCUCUAUGAACUCUACUUGUACAAGGGUAUCAGGGCCGGGCUGUGGCUGAUCGAGGGUUUUUCCGCCGGUUACCAGAUCGAUGACGACGACUUCGCAUUCAGGACGGCAAUACACGCCGGCGUCCACCUGGUCUGCUUUGGCAGCAGUGUCCAAGGCUGGGGUUCGGAGGACCAGAUUCUCGUGACGUCGCUCUGCGUUUGCAUGACGGGAACAGCCAUUGAGCUUGUAUUCGGAGCCGUAAGAUACCACGAGAUAGGAUUGGACUUCUUGGGGACCAUUGUCAUUGAUGGCUGCGACCGAAGCGGGGUCUCUGCCUCUGAGCCGGCCGUGCCAAAAGUGCGGCAAGCAGGAGGCAACACUGACCCAAAGAUCAGAGGCAGUGUGCAGUGUGCGAGGCAGAUCUCCGUCCUUGGCAGGGAGACCCGACCACCUGGAGCGAGAUACUUGGUCGGCCUCUCGUUUGGGACGUCCUCGACGGUGCUUUUACACGUCUUGAACAAAUAUGCCGAGUCUAUCCUCUCCAAGGGCCGCAGGGAGCCCUUCCAACUCAGCAUCGUCCACGUCGACACCACGCUGUCUGAGGAAGGGGCACCACAGGAAAGCGCUCAGAUAUCCCAAAUAAUAGAUAGAUACGCGCAGAGAUAUCCUCUAUUCAAGAUUGAGCGUAUACCUCUAACUGCGGCCAUCGGCCUUCGGACUAUCGACUGGUCAGCCUUGCCGUCUCUCAAGACCGAUGCUGAACCGGCGGAACAACUAAGAGACGUCUUCGAGCGGCUACCGUCGACGACCUCGAGAGCAGACCUGCUGCGACUAUUCACCCGGCACAUACUGGUAUCCACCGCACUCAGGCAGUCCUGUCAGGCAGUCCUACUCGGCCAUAGUACGACUGCGCUGGCUGAGUUGACCCUGGCGGAGACUGCGAAGGGCAGGGGAUUCUCGCUGCCCUGGCAGAUAAACGACGGCGUUUUUCCUGUCCAAGAUUAUGCUACAGCCGAUGAGCGCGAAGGGGCCAGCGCACUCCCCUCAAGUUUGGGAGAGUGCGUUCGGAUACACUACCCACUGCGAGAGGUCUUUCGCAAGGAGCUCUCAAGAUUUAUCACACUCACGGAUCCUCCCUUGACGGAAAUCAUCCCUAGGGAGUUGGAGAAGACAAGCUCGGUAGUUUCGCACAAGCACCUGAGCAUAGAAGAGGUCAUGUCACGAUACUUCGAAGGCGUGGAGGAGAACUACCCGUCCGUCGUCGCCAACGUGGUGCGGACCACAGCCAAGCUGGACCGGCUGGGCGCGGGGGGGAGAUGCGGCGUGUGCGGCAUGCCCUUGGAUGAGCAGGGGAACGAGAGAUGGAGGGGCGAGAUUGGCGAUAUCGGGGAAGGAAGCUCUCAGCACCCACCAAAUAGUAGCUUGUGCUAUGGCUGCCAGAGGUCCAUCCACAACUGA